UAUGUACGUGUGUCUUUUGACACAAAGCCUGACCUUCUUCUUCAUCUGAUGACCAAAGAGUGGCAGCUUGAGCUUCCCAAACUUCUCAUCUCUGUGCAUGGGGGCCUUCAGAAUUUUGAACUUCAGCCAAAACUCAAACAAGUCUUUGGAAAAGGCCUCAUUAAGGCUGCUAUGACAACUGGAGCAUGGAUAUUCACUGGAGGAGUAAACACAGGAGUCAUUCGGCAUGUUGGAGAUGCACUAAAAGAUCAUGCCUCAAAAUCUCGAGGGAAGAUCUGCACCAUUGGUAUAGCUCCCUGGGGGAUUGUGGAAAAUCAGGAGGAUCUGAUUGGCAAAGAU